UCUUGAUAUCCCACCCCUGUCUGAACUAGUAUAAAUUUAGACGGGUGGUGAGACUCGUUCCUUUCUCUCCGGUCUGCUUGGGGCUGUCUGUAGUGCUUUAGCUCGUAAAUUUGCAAUAUGGGUAAAGAAAAGAUUCAUAUUAACAUCGUUGUUAUUGGCCACGUCGACUCUGGCAAGUCCACCACCACGGGACAUCUCAUCUACAAAUGUGGAGGCAUCGAUAAAAGAACCAUCGAGAAGUUUGAGAAGGAAGCCGCUGAGAUGGGCAAGGGCUCCUUCAAGUAUGCUUGGGUGUUGGACAAACUGAAGGCAGAGCGUGAGCGUGGUAUCACCAUUGAUAUUUCUCUCUGGAAAUUUGAGACCAGCAAGUACUACAUCACCAUCAUUGAUGCCCCCGGCCACAGAGACUUCAUCAAGAACAUGAUUACCGGUACCUCUCAGGCUGACUGUGCUGUGCUGAUUGUUGCUGCUGGUGUUGGUGAGUUUGAAGCAGGUAUCUCCAAAAAUGGACAGACCCGUGAGCAUGCCUUGCUUGCCUACACCCUGGGCGUGAAACAGCUUAUUGUUGGAGUCAACAAGAUGGACUCCACCGAGCCUCCUUACAGCCAGGCCCGUUUUGAGGAAAUCACCAAGGAAGUCAGCACCUACAUCAAGAAGAUCGGCUACAACCCUGCCACUGUUGGCUUUGUCCCAAUUUCUGGAUGGCAUGGUGACAACAUGCUGGAGCCCAGCUCAAAUAUGAGCUGGUUCAAAGGAUGGAAAAUUGAGAGGAAGGAAGGUUCGGCCAGCGGAGUUACACUCCUUGAGGCUCUGGACUCCAUCCUGCCACCCUCUCGCCCUGUUAACAAACCUCUUCGUUUACCUCUACAGGAUGUGUACAAAAUUGGAGGUAUUGGAACUGUGCCUGUUGGACGAAUUGAGACCGGAACUUUGAAGGCUGGUAUGGUCGUGACCUUUGCUCCUGUUAAUUUGACCACUGAGGUCAAGUCUGUUGAGAUGCAUCAUGAGUCUCUUUCUGAGGCUCUCCCUGGUGACAACGUUGGCUUCAAUGUUAAGAACGUCUCAGUUAAAGACAUCCGUCGCGGUAAUGUGGCCGGUGACAGCAAGAACGACCCUCCCCAGGAGGCUGCCAACUUCACAGCUCAGGUCAUAAUCUUGAACCACCCCGGUCAGAUCUCUCAGGGUUAUGCCCCUGUGCUGGACUGCCACACUGCCCACAUUGCCUGCAAGUUUUCUGAGCUCAAGGAGAAGAUCGACCGCCGCUCCGGCAAGAAGCUUGAGGACAACCCCAAGUCCCUGAAAUCUGGAGAUGCUGCCAUUAUUGUAAUGAUCCCUGGCAAGCCCAUGUGUGUGGAGAGCUUCUCACAGUAUCCACCACUGGGUCGUUUCGCUGUGAGGGACAUGAGACAGACUGUUGCUGUUGGUGUCAUCAAGGCUGUAGACAAGAAAGCCUCCACUGUUGGCAAAGUGACCAAGUCCGCUCAGAAGGCUACCAAAACUAAAUGAAUCCUCUCAUCAGACACACAGCAAGCUGGAAUGUCUCAGAACCUGAGCACGGUUCUAAAAGACUGGCUUAUGCUGAUAAAAACCCAUCGUAAAAGCUUCAGAAGGAAAGGAGGAUAUUGUGUGUUUCCAAAUACCUUUAGAUAAAAUGGUUAUAAAAAAUAAAUUAUUAUUAUUCAUCACA